GGAGGAAUAAACACAGCAGAGCUUCUCCACGUAGCUUUAUUUACUGUAUUAUCUUUAUUUACUGUAUUUUAUUUAGUUUCUGUAGUUUAAUCUCUUUAAUUUGAUCAGAUCAUAUGAGGAGCGGAAGAGUUCAGACUGCGGCUGCGCGGUGAGGAGCUAUGUUUGCAGGGGCUGUGCUUGUGAUGCUGGUCUGGCUGGUACAGCUGUGGAUGCUGCAGUGUGGAGGUCAGGAACCCGUAGACCUGCUGGACAGGAGUGUGUUUCAGCCCCAGAGCGCUCUGGCUGAUAUGGACUUCGUCACUGUGAGCUCCUACAGAGGCCCAGGUAACACAGACACUCGCAGCAACAAGGAGCUCCCCAUCCUCCUGUGGUGGAGCUCCAACCUCUUCCCCCACUUCCCUGGAGACACCGAGCGGGUGGACUGCGCCCACUCGUCCUGCCUGGUCACCAGAAACCGUAAGGUGCAGCUGCAGCGCCGCACGGCCUCCAUCAUCUUCUACGGAACGGAUUUCCGGGCGUACGAGGCGCCGCUCCCUCGCCUGCCCCACCAGACGUGGGCGCUCUUCCACGAGGAGUCGCCCAUGAACAACUACCUCCUGUCUCACGGCCCUGGCAUCAGGCUGUUCAAUUACACCGCCACCUUCAGGAGGGAGUCGGAUUAUCCCCUCACCCUGCAGUGGCUGCCCUCCCUGGAGUACCUCCUCCAUCCUCCCUCCGUCUCUCUGCAGGAGAAGAACCGCUGGAGACAAGCCGGACUCGCUCCCGUCCUCUACAUGCAGUCCCACUGUGACGUGCCCUCAGACCGAGACCGCUACGUCCAGGAGCUUAUGAAGUAUAUAGAGGUGGACUCUUACGGGAAGUGUCUCAAUAAUAAGCCUCUACCUGAGCGUUUGGAGGACACCAGCACAGCUACAGGUGAGGAGAGGGAGUUUAUGAGCUUUGUUGGACGCUACAAGUUCCACCUGGCGCUGGAGAACGGCCUGUGUCCUGAUUAUAUGACGGAGAAGCUGUGGCGGCCCCUGCACCAGGGCUGCGUUCCCGUCUACAGGGGCUCGUCCUCGGUGUCCGACUGGCUUCCCAACGAUCAUUCGGCCGUUCUGAUCGACAGCUUCUCCUCUCCUAAAGAACUCGCCGACUUCAUCAGAGCUCUGGAUGAGGAUGAUGAGGAGUAUCUGCACUACCUGGAGUUUAAAACCCCCAGUAAGAUCACUAACCUGCGGCUCCUGGAGGGGCUCCAGAGCAGAGAGUGGGGCGUUAACGACAUGAGCAAACCCAACUACCUGAACGGGUUCGAGUGUUUCGUCUGCGAUCGGGAAAACGAGCGAAUAGCAGCGCAGAAAGCUCACAGACGAAACCCAACCAAGUUCCCUAAACCACAGCCCAAAACCGCCAACAGCACCCACAUGGGCUGCCCACUCCCCAGCCCUGGAUACGGACACGCAGACGAGAUCGACACCAAUGAUGGCUGGCUUCAGAUGUGGCCGCAGGACUACUGGCAGAGUCUGGAUCAGGCAGAGGGUCUGGAGUCUCUGAUAAAACACAAUGAGUCUGAUCCAGGGCUGCUGUGGCACCACAUUCACAGCAUGGCUAUGAAACGGAGCGGCGGCCAAUAGCAGCAGGACGUAGCGGACCCUCUCCAAGGACGUAUCGGACCCCGCGGUCGAACCACAGAGAGCUUUCACUGUGCCAAAGAACCUCAACUCAGGCCAAAACACCAGAACCCACUUCAGGUUCAUCUCGCUGCUGGAGGAGAGCUGAUCCUCUACACUGAAAUAAAGAUAUUUACUGGGUUACAUUGAGCAGAGGAUCUGCAGAUAUGGGUCAAUUACAUUAAAUUAAAGACUUUUGUACACUUUUUUAUACCACUUUGACACAAUUAAGACCACUUUUAUAAUAUAUUAUAACAAAAUGCCAAAAUAUAAACAACACUAGUAUUAAGUUUGCACACUUGGUGUGAAAUGGUCCUGGGUUGUAGUAAAACAUGAUAACAAGACAUGAUAACUUUUGUUGAUUAGUCUCCUCCCCUCCCCCCCAAUAUUUUCAAAUACAGAGAUUAUAGCUGACGCGCCCAAAAGACUUACAAUGCUAGUGAUAAAUAAAGUUAACUGUGCAACAAGCAGUUUACACCAUAAAAAAUCUCAAAGUAGGGAGAUUGCUGUUCGAAUCCCAGUCAUGCAGCUUGCCAGCAGCUGCCGGAGUCCCGAGAGAGCACAGUUGGUCUUGCUCUCUCUGGGUGGGUACAGUACAGUAGAUGGCGCUCUCUCUUUCCCCUCAUCACUCCUCCUAGGGUGAUGUGCAUCAGCACAAGGCUGCGUCUGUGAGCUGAUGUAUCAGAACCGAGUCGCUGCACUUUCCUCCGAGCGUCUAAGCUGAUUAACUCUAAGCUAACUUGCAUGUCAAAUUUGGAACCUGCAUAAUGUGAUGUGCAAACAAAACCAAAGACAUUUUUAGACACAUAAAGGCAUUUAUUUUAGCUUAAGACAUUUUAAGAAUCUGCAGAAAGCCUGUCUGAGCUAAGAAAGAAAGAAAGAAAGAAAGAAAGAAAGAAAGAAAGAAAGAAAGAAAGAAAGUAAGAAAGAAAGAAUCAACAGGACCUAUAGCUCUGUUAAAAAGACCAAAUUAAUUUAAGUUUCGUUAAUUUAAGUCAUAUUGAAGCAUAUUUAAAAGAAAAGAACACAGAAGUAUUAAGAAUGAAAUAUAAUUCCAGGUUUUUCAGUGCUUUUAUUUCUCUCCUUACCUUCGUUCAGCUUCAAGUCUUUUCAGGAGACCCUCAGAGUUCAGAUUUAGACAUCAGGAGUGUUUUCUGAUUCUCUCCGUCCGACUGGUUCUGAUCGUGUAUAAAGAUGUUGAUGUCAGUGUUUGUGUUUGUGUUGAUGUCGGUGUCCGUUGUCCUGAGAUCUGAGAUGAUCAGCAGCUUCUGUGUUUGUUCUGAUCAGAUCUUCUUCUGUUUGAUCUGUUUGCUUCUUGAUCAGCUUCUCAUCCUUUCAGACCCACAGCUCUGAGUUUAUUCUGAGUGAAAGAGGGACGGAGAGAAAGACCUGUAGAUGUUUUCUGAGAUCUGAAGCGUGGAGACGGUAGAGUCUGCUUUAUUUAUUAUUUUACUCUUUUCUCUGAAAGAUGAAAGCUUUAGCUGCUGUUUAUCUAAUGGGGGCUUCUUUUUUGAUGGUUCCGGCGUGGUUGCCGUGGUUGUCAAGUUUCCCAUUUUCUAUCUAUCUGUCUAUCUGUCUAUCUUCAAAUAUAUCUAUUUUUUAAAUCUCCUGAAAAAUGUAUGACUUCAUUGCUGUUUUGACAUUUUGACGUGUUUUUUUGUUUGUUUUUGUUUUUUUUACUGAAUUUUACCAAUUUUUUUGUUUAUGACUUGAAAAUGACAGCAAAACAUAAAGGGUUUGGAGAAUGAAUCUGAAACACCUGUCAUCAUUUUAGUGUGGGAUUUUAGGUUUCAUGGCUAAAUUGGAGCAGCCUGGUGUUCAAUCUUCAUUAAUUGCACAUUGCACCAGUAAGAGCAGAGUGUGAAGGUUCAAUUAGCAGGGUAAGAGCACAGUUCUGCUCUAAAUAUUACAAUGCACACAACAUUAUGGGAGACAUACCAGAGUUCAAAAGAGGACAAAUUGUUGGUGCACGUCUUGCUGGAGCAUCUGUGACCAAGACAGCAAGUCUUUGUGAUGCAUCAAGAGCCACGGUAUCCAGGGUAAUGUCAGCUCAGCAUACCACCAAGAAGCACCAACCACAUCCAACAGGAUUAACUGUGGACGCUGUAAGAGGAAGCUGUCUGAAAGGGAUGUUCGGGUGCUAACCCGGAUUGUAUCCAAAAAAACAUAAAACCACGGCUGAUCAAAUCACGCAGAAUUCAAUGUGCACCUCAACUCUCCUGUUUCCACCAGAACUGUCCGUCACCACAAUCAAUUAUUGUGCUCUAAAACCAGGUGUUUCAGUUUCAUUCUCUAACCCCUGUACAUAAUACAUAAUAUUCCAUCUCAAUACAUCCCUGCAUCCAUACAUUCAGCAUUUCUCUGCAUUACUAGCUUUAUAUUAGUUUACAUUGUUCUCAGUGUAACGAGCCAUUAUUUAAUCCACAUUAAUCCAUAUUUAUAUGGAGACGCUUUAGAACAUCGUCAGCACAGAAACAGGAUCAUUUUAAUUCUGUGUUUAUCAGUGCAGCUGUUCUAAACAAGCCCUUCUGUGAUUUAUGAGAAAUAUAUUUGUCAGGCUGCCAAACUCGACAUUUAUAUUCAGCUGUUGUUUGUGUCCAGUAUAAAAUAUCUCUGUCUGCGUGA